GAGAGAGGAGGUGUCCACACAGUGUCGUUCACUGCACUUAAACAUUUCCUGCCUCCUCCCUUUCUCUUCUCUUCACACUCCGCUCCACCACCGCCUUUAUCGUCUCUCCCCACGCGCGCUCUCUCCUCUCCCAACCGAAACCCUAAUUUCUCUUAUACUCUCCCUUUCGAUCCUCAUAUGUAUGUAUGAGAGAGAGAGAGAGAGAGCGAGAGAGAGAGAGAGUGUGUGUGUGUGUGUGUGGGCGUGUGGAAGAGGAAGGGAUUGCGUUGUUUUUAACAUAUUGUAGGGUGCUGAGUCCCUCGAUUCCGAUCUCGUGAGCUCUCUUUAUGCACCGUAGCUUUUGAUCUGUUUUCAAGAGGGUUUCGGUGAUAACAAAAAGAUCGCUUUUUUGGGGCUGUAAAGCUUAGUGUUUUUCCGUAGCCAUUUCGUUUUUGUGAUGAAAUUUUGAUCCCAAAACGCUAAUAAAGAGCGUCCUUUUGGAGCUUUAUUUGCGUAUUCGGUGGGAAAAAGAAAAAUCGGAUUUUUGUGAUACGUUCUUCUCUUUUUGAAGAAAAAAAAAAGAUUUGUGUUCACGAACAUUUCGAUCGAGGUGCUGUGGACUGGCAUUGUCAGGCCAGGAUCUGCCGAUUUAGAUGGUAUGCAUCGCUAGCAUAAAGGAUUUCAUCGUGCGCACGACGAGCCUGAGGGGGUUCUCGUCGAGCAAAUUGGGGCACUUUAGGGUUUGUGGGCGGGAUCUGGAUGUGUGGCCUAGGUUUUACUUUCCUCAAAGCCGGCGCAGGUUUAGGGCAACCGUGAGGAUGAUGCUCGACUCCGGAUCGUCUCAGCCGUUGGAGCCGCGGCCCGCGGCGAAUGUCUUGAGGGAGAAGGAUCGGGAGGAUGAUGGGAGCUAUGCAAGUGGAGGUUGGAAAAGUGAGGAUGGAAAAUUGAGUUGUGGAUACUCGAGUUUUAGAGGGAAAAGAGCGAGCAUGGAGGACUUUUUUGACGUAAAAAUAUCAAAAAUUGAUGGACAAACAGUCAGUCUUUUUGGGGUAUUUGAUGGUCAUGGAGGUUCACGAGCAGCCGAGUAUCUUAAGGAGCAUUUAUUCGAAAACCUUAUGAAACAUCCACAGUUCAUGACAGACACAAAGUUGGCUAUAACUGAAACAUAUCAGAAAACUGAUUCAGACUUCUUAGAUGCUGAGUCCAGUACUUUCAGGGAUGAUGGUUCUACAGCUUCCACUGCAGUUUUGGUGGGUAAUUAUCUGUAUGUAGCAAAUGUUGGAGAUUCACGUGCUGUCAUAUCGAAGGCAGGCAAAGCCAUCCCGCUCUCUGAGGACCACAAACCAAACAGAGGUGAUGAGCGCAAGAGAAUUGAGAAUGCUGGAGGUGUUAUUAUGUGGGCUGGUACUUGGAGGGUAGGAGGUGUAUUGGCUAUGUCACGUGCGUUUGGUAAUCGCAAUUUGAAGCAAUUUGUUGUGGCAGACCCUGAGAUUCAGGAAGAAAGGAUUGAUGAUAAAUUGGAGUUAUUGGUACUUGCAACUGAUGGAUUAUGGGAUGUAGUAGCAAACGAGGAUGCAAUUUCCCUCGCAAGAGCUGAAGAAGUACCAGAGGCCGCCGCCCGGAAGCUAACGGAGACGGCUUUCUCUCGGGGCAGUGCGGACAACAUCACCUGCAUUGUGGUGAGAUUCCACCACGACACGAUGGAUAUAGAUGAUCCUCCUCUUUCUGGUGAGAAUUGAUAUUAAAGAGUUUUUUCAUUCUUCUCGUCUACUUGGACCAUAUUCUGAAUGGAUCACUGAGACUUGAUGGUUUUUGAGAUAACGAAUCUGUGUUUUUUGGAUGUUUUCUUAAAUAAGGUUGCUUCUUUUUUUUUUUCCUCCAAAAGAGCUGGUGUUGUCGCCACUCGAGGUAGUUUCCUACUUCUGUCCAAGCAAUUAAAGCAGUUUUCACGUUCUUAAUCAGUAUGUGCAGUAAAUACAAGUAUUGCUUUCACGUGUAAUAUUAAGUGUGUUCCAUUUCGUUGUUAUA